UGUGAGUCACCCUGUUGCUCAAGCUGAAUUACAAAGCAUUUCCCCCUUUGCAGUACGCGCCCUGGCAGUUGUCAUGUCACGGUUAGAGCAGCAACAGCAUUCUGGAUACUAGGGAAUUACUGCACAUGGAUCUCUUCUUUCAUCAGUAAAUCCUGGCCGAAGAAAACAUGGGGGAGAGCAUCGAUGUGAAGGCUCUGAGGAACAGGUUCAACAACCAGGCCGGUACCUCGAACACAAGCAGUCGCGACAGUGGCUCACCUAAAUCUCCGAGACCCAGCUUUGGGAGAGGGAUCUUACCUGUGACAGAGAACCAGCGGGCUCAAAGACAUUCACCCACUGUUCCUCUGCUUCUGGCCAGCCCAGGUCUAGUGAGGUUACCAAGGGCGGAUCCGAUGGCGGCAUCUAUUCCCACAAAACCGGCUUCCUCACCUCGCCCACCUCCCAAUUUUGCCAUCAGAGCACCCUUUCAGCCAACAGAGGUUAAUAAAAUCAAGCAGACAGGGGAGCUGCUGCAGAACAUGAUACGAAUGCACCAAGGACCAGCAGAUGCCAGACCAAUGCCAACUCUAGCUCCGAGUCCAGUUCAAAUCCUUGGGUCGUCUCCCACCGCCACACCACGUUCUAUCCACCAACAGCCCCGCCAGAGGAGUGCCGGGGACGUGACCCCUCUGAGGAAGCCGCUGCCCCUCGAAGGGCCUAUUCCCUUGAAACCAAAACGACCUCCUUUGGUCAACCUGGAACCCUUUCGGAAGACCAAGCGAGGGCCUGCCUUUCCUGCCCCGAGGCUAAGCAAUGGCUCCGAGGACAGAAGAAUGUCUGUACCAGCUUUGACCCCUCCGCCAAAUCCUCCACUGCGAAGCAACAAACCCAAGAGGCUGCUGCGUCAGGUCGCCUCUGUAGGCCCUGAGGAUGAACAGGACACCUACGAUGAUAUCGGAAGUUUUGAUAAAAAUGAAUCCUGCAGUGAAAACAGUUCACAGUGUAUUGAUGGGGACGACGAUGAUGAUUAUGAAGACACGUAUGAGGAGAUUGAUGAGAAUCUGACAAACCAGCAGCAGCCAAACCCUAAGAUGAAGAAUGCAAUAAUGAGACAAGAGGAGCAGAUAAAAAAGGAGCAGCAGGAGCGUCAGAAAAGACUGAAUGAUCUGAAGAAAAACUUUCAGUUACAAGGCGACUCUGAGGUUCUUCACACAGCAAGAGUUCGGCACGACUGGAAUGGAGGAGGAAAACUUGACCUCAGUGUUCGACAGGGAGAGAGUGUGGAGAUCAUGCGAGUGAAGGAUAACCCUGGAGGCAAAUGGCUGGCUCGUUCUCUGAACGGAAACUACGGAUACAUCAGCAACACGUGUGUGGAUAUAGACUACGAGGCAGUAAAGAUAAAGGCGCUCCAGUCAAGGAAAAGGGACACAGAAUUACCUCCACCACCACCAGACCCACCCAAAAGAGACAGCAUGCUUGAAGAUGAUGAUAGCUAUGAUGACGUUCAGCCGCUGCCUGCUGAUUUUCCCCCACCUCCACCAGAAAUCAGCAUGGAUCCAAAAAUGGAAAAGGAGCUAAGAAAGAAAUUCAAGUAUGAAGGGCCUUUCCUUGUGCUGCACAGUAUGAUGGUAAAUCCUAACGCCAUCAUAAAGAAACCAGGAAACAAGGAACUCCAUGUGAAUAAGGGAGAAGUCCUGGACAUCAUCCAGCUCACCAGCGCCAAGAAAGCUCUUUGUCGAAACAGACACGGGAAAUAUGGCUAUGUGUCAAGAUCUCUUCUUCUCCCAAUGGAAGGCGACAUAUACGAUGAUGUUGAUUAUCCAGCCGAUAUCUACGAUAACGACUAUCCUAACGUAGAUUAUUAACAUAUGUCAAACUAAGUACACACACUUGCACAGUCAGGAACAAACUAUGCAAGAACUGAAAACUUAAGCUAUGUUAUCAAACUAUAACCGAGACCGCACGCAAAGGAAGAAAAUCCAGUGAAAACGGAUGUUAGGACAAAGAAGCUUUAUGAUUCCAGCUUUUUUUGCGCUUUACUCUUAUGAAAAGAGAAUUUCUAUCAAACUAGUAUGUUAGAAAAGCUAAUCAAACUAUCAAACAUUUUAUGACUAAACUGAGAGUAAAAAUACUGAUAUUUUGAUUUGCCCAUGUUGUAGAGUCUUAUCUCUAUCCAACCAGAGGACAUUAAAUU